CGCAGCUUCGGAAGGUAAUAUUAUUUUUUAGCAUUGUUUUCAAAGCCCAAAGUGGCAAACAACUUCUUAUUUCUUAUCUGCACUACUUCAACAAUUAAGAAAAAUGCAAUUAUCGUUUAUCUCGAGAAACUGUCCGAUUUUGCAUCGCUUCUAUGGACUAUUUUUAUUAUAGCGCAUGCCAUCGUUGCAUGGUUAUCUAAAUAAUUUUAAUAUUUACAUGCAUUUUAUGAAAUUAUACAGUCCUAUAAAUUUUUUGCGCCAUUGAUAUAUCUACAAUGUAUUCCAAUCGGUUGCAAUCGUGGACCUUCGUCGUCGUGUCCUGCUUAAUAUGGAAUUGCAUUUCCUGUCAAUCGCGUAGCAGAAACAAGCGCAUGGUAUGGAUCGGUGUGCAAUAUCAGCCGCAACUACGCCCCUCUUUCCCGCAGCAUCCCCACGCGGGCGCCCCAUUACCGGAUGACACUCUGAGCGCAGUGGCCGGCGCCACCGUGGCACCCCAUCUCAGUCCGGACGGGCAUUUGUCGCCGCACAUCUGCUCCGCGGAUUUCGUGCCGGACGUCUUCGCGCAGACUGGCGAUGGGAACACCUACGUUUUUGCCGACGAUGUAUACUGGCACAUUAUGGACUUUGAGGGGAACGUGGUGGACAACCGGCAACUGGCCGGUCAGCCCAUCGGCCGCGACUGGUCCGGUCUGCCCAACAAGCCCGACGCGGCCAUCACGCUGGCCGACGGGCAGACACUCUUCUUUAAGGACGACCGCUUCUACGUCUUCUGGAAUAAAUCUCCGCGCGAGCCCUACAGCGGGCUCAUUGAGCAGGCCUUCCCACAGAUCCCGCGCUCCAACCUCGACGCCGCCUUCAUGACCAACACCUCGCUCAUCUUCGUCAAAGGCGACAGCUUCUACGUCUUCGGCAUCGAGCAGUUCCCCUUUGUUCAACGGGGAAAUCUGGCGGAUAUGGGAUUACCGGCACUUCCGGUUGAGACUGCAGUCAACUUGUCUGAUGGUCUGGCCUACAUUGUUAUCGAUAAAACUGCUUACCAAGUGGACACAAUAUCGCUACAGGUGGUUUCCUCGUUUCCAACGCAGAGCUUGUAUGGAUGCUUGGAACCGCUGAUGAGUGCAAAAACCAGAAUGCUAAGGAUACCCUAUGGUCGGAAAUUCGACCCGGAGAAGGACUACUUCCGCGGCUGGACGGCGGCAGCUCUCAAUCACCACGUCAACAUCCUCUGAACUACCUGAACAUCCAUCUACGACGAUGGUGACAAUUGUGCACGUGCUACAAAAACCUCCCAGUACUUAACGGAAGAUCAUCUGUACUGUAUUCCAUAUUCGUGAACCAGAAAUCCGGAAGAAAUACUUGCCACAACACAAAUCUUCUUGUCCAGUUAAAAAGGAACGGUUCGGUCGCCUAUUAAUUUUAUUAACAAUCAUCAAGCAUGAUGAUUGGUAACCAAUUUUUUCAAACCAUCCAACAUAAAUGAUCAGGCUCUCAUUUUCAGAUCGAGAUGACGCACCCAGUAUAAUUACAGAACAGAAUCUAUC